ACAGGCCGGCCCUCGCAGCCGCACACAGACACUGCUCGCUGGGCAGCCGCCCUCCCUCUCGCCCUCCCUCUUUCCCCUUCCCCUCAGCAACCGCGUCCGCACUGCGCCGCCCGGGCAGCCCAGAGCGCGGCGCGCACGGACACCGGCGCCCGGGGCCGCCACCUCCGCGCCCCCGCACCCCGGUAGGCAGCUGGCCGUCUUCCAGGCUCGCCCGGGUGCUCCCCGGAUGGCACCCGCCGGGAGCAAUUAACCAGCAUCUCGGCCCCGGCCCUGGACACAUCCCCUGCCCCGGGGCGAGCAUGAGCGGGGCAGGCGAGGCACAAAGUCGCAAGUGAACUUUCUAAACAAACAUCAUCUGCGCGUGAGCGUGUGCAGCGGGGAGAUGAGCUGAUGCCGAGGGUCCAGCCACCCGCCUCCCGCCUCCUCCUCCCCCUGCCGCCGCUGCCCUCGCAGACGCGCGCGCACACACGGCGCUUGGGCCGGGUUUCCGAGCUCCGUCCCCCGGCUUGGAUGGGAGUUCUCAUUUCCGAGCGAGGCAGCGCGGGUGAAGCGCGCUGACGGGCUGGAGACCCGGGCUGCUCCGCGCCAGCGCCGGCCGCCCGCCCGCUGUCACUCGCACCGGCUGGCCCGGGGAAGGGCCACGCACGCCGAGCUUUGUUGUGGAAAGCCUGGUUACCUGGCUUAUAACCCACACCAUGGAUAACUUGUUGGACUUUGCCUGAAAGGAGUCAUUAGUGCCAUUGGAUGUUUGACCAUCUUGGCCACAGGUUUUUCAGGAUGAAUGGAAGGUCACGCAGCAUGAGUCUUCACCGUACGUCGGGAACCCCACAGGGCCCUGGGGUGGUCAGUGGCCAACAUAUUCCUCCCAUCCGAACCCACUCAGGGACUCCUGGCCCCUUGUCCUGUGGCAACACACCACGCCCCGCUAUUGGAAGCCUUCCUAACAGCCUGCAUCGCAAGACGCCCUUGGGAGGAGGGAUGGCUCUUCAGCACAGUGUGGCUGAGAGCCCUAUCCAUCUGCCCGCUCUCAGCCCCAGGAGACACGUGCUCACCAAUGAGAAGCCGAGGUUCCAGGUCCCCCAGCCUGGAGGCAUGUCAGGGACACACCCUUUAAAGCCAAAGCAGCAAGAGUUUGGAAGCCCUUUUCCUCCAAAUCCUGGGAAAGGGGCUCUUGGCUUUGGGCCUCAGUGCAAGUCCAUUGGAAAAGGCAGCUGCAACAAUCUAGUGGUCACCAGCAGUCCCAUGAUGGUUCAGCGACUGGGACCCAUUUCACCUCCAGCAAGCCAGGUCUCUACAGCAUGCAACCAGAUCAGUCCUAGCUUACAGAGGGCAAUGAAUGCAGCCAACCUGAAUAUACCUCCUUCAGAUACCAGGUCUCUUAUUUCUCGGGAGUCUCUGGCAUCCACGACUUUGAGUCUGACGGAGAGUCAGUCGGCCUUGAGCGUGAAGCAGGAGUGGACUCAGGGCUGUAAGGCUCUCCCUUUGCUUUCUUCCAGCCACGGUUCUCAGAAUGCUGCGGAGCUAGGGGACCUCCUUAGCCUUCCUCCGGGGACAGCCAUGUCCAGCAAUAGCGUGUCUAAUUCAUUGCCACCCUACCUUUUUGGCAUGGAAAAUAGCCACUCCUCUUCCUACCCCAGCCCCCGGCACUCGUCUGCCAGGUCGCACUCUGCCCGCUCCAAGAAGAGAGCGCUGUCCUUGUCGCCACUGUCUGAUGGCAUCGGGAUAGACUUCAAUACCAUCAUCCGCACCUCGCCCACCUCUUUGGUCGCCUACAUCAAUGGGUCAAGGGCUUCCCCGGCCAACAUGUCCCCACAGCCAGAGGUGUACGGGCAUUUCCUGGGUGUGCGUGGCAGUUGCAUCCCCCAGCCCUGCGCUGUGCCCACCGGGCAGAAGGGCAUGCUGGUGGCCAGCGGGGGCCUGGCACUGCCAGCCUAUGGCGAGGAUGGCGCGCUGGAGUACGAGCGCAUGCAGCAGCUGGAGCACUGUGGGCUUCAGCCCGGGCAAGUCAACAACAUGGUGGUGCAGCACGGGCUGCCGGGCCCCGAAGGCCAGCCGACCGGCAUGCUCAAGACCGAGCGCCUGGAGGAGUUCCCAGACAGCGCCCUGGACCUGCCCCCUGCACCCCCUCUUCCUCCUCUGCCACCGCCCCAAGGCCCACCCCCUCCCUACCAUGCCCACCCGCGCCUUCACCACCCAGAACUUGUGGCCCACGCCCAGCCCCUGGCCCUGCCCCAGGCCACCGUGGAUGAAGAUGGGGAGAUGGACGAUGUUGGGGGGAAGCACUGCUGUCGCUGGAUAGACUGCAGCGCCUUGUACGACCAACAGGAGGAACUUGUGCGGCACAUCGAGAAGGUGCAUAUAGACCAGCGCAAGGGGGAAGACUUCACUUGCUUCUGGGCUGGCUGUCCUCGAAGGUAUAAGCCCUUCAACGCCCGCUAUAAACUGCUGAUCCACAUGAGAGUCCACUCCGGGGAGAAGCCCAACAAGUGUACGUUUGAAGGUUGCAAGAAGGCCUUUUCCAGGCUUGAGAAUCUCAAAAUUCAUUUGCGGAGUCACACAGGCGAGAAGCCGUACCUGUGCCAGCACCCGGGCUGUCAGAAGGCGUUCAGCAACUCCAGUGACCGUGCCAAGCACCAGAGGACACAUCUGGACACUAAACCUUACGCUUGUCAAAUUCCAGGAUGUACCAAACGCUACACAGACCCAAGUUCCCUCAGAAAGCAUGUGAAGGCACAUUCUUCCAAAGAUCAACAAGCAAGGAAAAAGCUGCGGUCCAGCACAGAGCUCCACCCAGACCUGCUCACAGAUUGCCUCACUGUGCAGCCCCUGCAGACGGCCACGUCCCCAAGAGACACUGCUGCUGAUACCACCCUGGGACGGUCCCCAGGGCCAGGGCCAGAUCUCUAUUCAGCUCCCAUUUUCUCCAGCAAUCACUCGAGCCGAAGUGGAACAGCUGCUGGGGCCGGGCCACCCCCACAUCUUGUCAGUCACCCUUCUCCGGGACAUAAUGUACAGGGGAGCCCCCACAACCCCCCCUCCCAGUUACCUCCACUCGCAGCUGUGGACGCAGGAGCUGAGAGGUUUGCUCCUUCUGCUCCAUCUCCUCACCACAUCAGCCCCCGGAGAGUUCCGGCUCCUUCCUCAAUACUGCAGAGAACACAGCCUCCUCACACCCAGCAGCCGUCAGGUCCACACCUGAAGUCCUAUCAGCCAGAGACAAACUCUUCUUUUCAGCCAAAUGGUAUCCACGUCCACGGAUUUUAUGGACAGCUGCAGACGUUCUGCCCCCCACAUUACCCCGAAUCCCAGAGAACUGUGCCACCUGGCAGCUCCUGCAGUGUGGUGCCUUCCUUCGAGGACUGCCUAGUCCCCACAUCCAUGGGCCAGGCUGGUUUUGAUGUUUUCCACAGAGCCUUCUCGACUCACUCAGGCAUUACAGUAUAUGAUUUGCCUUCGGCUUCCUCAAGCCUCUUUGGGGAGUCUCUUCGCAGUGGGCCCGACGAUACCACAUUCUUACAGAUCAGCGCCGUGGACCGCUGUCCUAGCCAGCUUUCUUCCGUCUAUACCGAAAGCUAAAAGCUGCGCUGACCUCUGCCGAACACCCAGAAUCUUUUAGUUGCUUGCUCCCUUUUGUUUUCAGACCAUCACAGGCUGCGUGAAGAAGGGUGUUCACCAAAUCAGUGCAGCCUGCGAGGUCCUGCGUCUUUGGAAAGCAGGACUGGAUGACCAGAGCUGGCUUUGCAGCAAUAUUUGCACUUGCUUCUUUUUCUCGCUGGAUUUGGUGGACCAGGUGACUGGCAGGACUGUCUUUUCAAAGCGAAGAAAGAGUCUCACUUUACUGGAUACCUGUUACUUCCUGGCUGUCAACCCUCAAAGGACACCAAUGAGAGGAUGCGGAUAUUAAAAUGAGGUUGGGGGAUGGCCCUUGCUGAAAACUCCAAAGAGGGAAGAGCCCAGUUACCAGAGGCAUAAUGAGCAGCCUCCCAACUCCAGAUGUUGCAAAGCCAAGCAUAGGGAAAUCCACGUCCAAAGCAUCAUGCGGCCUCAACUCUCAGAAAUUCCAGGGGUUUCCCUCUUCUCUUAGAUGUCAUCAUGCUAAGCAAUUACAGUCAGUGUUUCCCCACUGGCCAAAGGUUUUCUACUGCAUCAACCUGCUUUAUUUGUUUAAUAUUAGAGACUUGUGACUUACAUCUGCUUUAAGAGGAAAACAGUAACACUUAGGUUUUGUUCUUUGGGCGGAAAUCAUGAUCAUUUUAGUCACCCCGGCUAUAUCCAUUUCACCAUACCUGUGGCUCUGCUUGGCCUGACCUCUGGAAUGAUAGUUCUGCAGUUUGCAAAACUAUCUGAGGGUAAUAAGGUGGGCAGUCACCUGUGCAUUCAUGUGCAUACGUACACACUCACACACAUACACACACACACUCCUCCCUGUACCCAGGGCUGUAGCAGGAACUCUCAUGGAUUGACUGCUUAGUGACUCCACUUUGAAAACACUGUUCGUAGGAAAAGGCCAUUUGAAUUGUUUGCCCACCGCUUUCACUCUGGCACUCCACCUAGAAGUGUUGGGACUGUAGGAACAGGGACACGUGACAGGUCGUAUGUGUGGGUUCCCGCAGAAAACCAACCCCAGGAUGCCCAGUGUCCAGUUACUUUGCACAGCCUCUGCCCAGCUCCCUCAGGGUAUCCAAUCAUCUGUGUCUUUCCCUGACAUUCUCCCUCCAUGUGUUCAUUUCCUCUCAACAUCUUCUUGACCGUGUUUCAGACAUGCUAAGCAGAGCCUGUCAUACCCUGGUAUCAACUCUUGGGAAGGUAUAUCGAAUGGUUCACAGAAGGUAGGCUGAAGAAUGCCACCUUUUUUUCUUAAACUGGUUUGAAGGCCUGGAAUUUUUCACAGAGCACUUGGUCAUUUUAUAUCCAAGCCUAAAGGAGAAGUCAUUUCUAUUGACAAGUAAAAAGGUCUUGUGCCCUAGGGCAAAAGCUAUCAACACUGGCCAAUCCCUAAACGGUCAGUUCUAGCAUUUUGGUACACUCACAUUUGAUAGUUCCUUUUCUCUCUUUUAAAGAAUAUUUUAUGGACAAUUGUAUUUAUCAAACUGAGAUCAUUACAGUCCUUAGCAAGACAAUUAAACAGCUUGGUGUCAGACUUGAGGUCCUGUAACAGUUUGUUUUGUGACAGAUGGGUCCUUCUAGUCUGGCUCCCAAAUCAGAAGUGUUCCACCUAAUUCCCAUGUUCAUUCAGUGUGCAGUAGAACGAGGGGACCGAGGAGCCAAGUGUGGAUUUCAUUUUUAUAGCACACUCAGUUGAUCUAGCUUGUCUUGCUAGUGGGCUGUGUUCUGAGGAAAGCUGUAAUGCCACUUUCCAAGUCUGCAAAAGAUUUGAAUUAAGCACAUUACACAAAUCUGCUCUGCUUUACAGAAGGAUGCACAUCAAGCUCUAUGACAAGUGAGCUCUGAGACUGCAUGUAAAAUACCACCAUUCUUGCAGACAUUAUGGGUUGUGCUACUUGGCCUAAGCAAGGACAUGUGCUAACACUGCCUUAGUAGCAUGUAUUAAGUGUCCUCUGUCACAUGCUAGUAAGAAAGGAAGACUCUGCUGUCUUUAGGGAGACUGUCUAUCCAUUCUUCACUACUGACACUAUUACAAGCAGCUCAAAAUACAUUUCAUUGGUGUGAUGAGAAAAACAUGAAGAGGCAUGGUUGUUAUUGCAGCUGAUGUUGUAACCCCUGCCUGUAGCUUUAUAGAUAAUUUAAAGUGGAAAGGAGGAAGGAGAACAAAGCAAGAAGCUGAACCGCAGAAACCAAGGAUGUCAUCUCCCCCUUUGGUUAAGAGGAGAUGCUUGUGAGCCAGGCUCUGGUCUCACAGUGACACUACUCUUUCCUUGCCUCACCCGGCCUGGAAAGAUUCAAGGAGGAGCCCAGGCGCAGCAGCACCUCCUUCCUCAGUAGGAUUUCAAGGCCCGGCCCUAAGGCACACCCUUCUUGUCAGAGAAAGCCCCUCCGCAGGUGCCUCAUUGUUGCCCAGUGGCUGCAGGUUUGUGUUUAGGACCUCAGGACAAGACGCGUUCCCAUUCCUUCAGACUCCAAAAGCUGCCCUUAGGUUCCAGAAUUUCCCCUGACAUUAAAAUUUGUCCCUUGCUAUUUUUGCUUUGCAGAAGAUCUGUAUCUUACUAUUUUGUAGCAGUAAACAUGAAACUCCAAAGAUCAUUCCCUUCCAUUUCCUGACCUUUAUAGUCUUUUUUUUUUUGAUACGUAGCCAUUUUCAUAAACAUCUAAGCAGAGAUUGUCAUUCCCCUUUAAAAAGAAACAAACAAACAAAAAGAAAAAAUCUUGGUGCUUGUGAAAACACAGCCCAAAGCCAAUUAUCCUAUUACAUUAAAAAAUAAAUCAAUAUGCCUAGGGGGCAUUUAAUUUGCUACAUUGUUUUAAUUCCCUAAAGAGACUACAUCAAAACGUCAGUGGUAAUUUAGUCUCCGAUCAACAUUUAAAUAUUAUUUAAAUAUUUACAGGUCCUAGGAGGUAUCUCGGUCUACCCUUGUCUCCCGCAAAUUACCUAGGUGAUCCUAACAUGGAAAAAAAGGUCGUUAGCAGAUCACAGCAUAGUUUCCACUGAUAAUAGUGUGUUGGUUUUGUUCAGUUGUAAAAUUACUAGCUGUCAAGAGCACUAGUACACUAAUACCAGUUUUGAACGGGGACAACUGUUCAACUCCCCCAUCAGAGAACCUCAACGUCCCACUUGCCUUGAAGUAUUGGGAAUAGUGACUGUAACCGUUCAGUUUAAUUGUUUGGUGUUUUAUUUGACUGUUUUACCAUGUCAUUUUAUAGCAGCGUUUCUUAAUGGCACUUUUUGUUGGUGGUGUGGAAUUUCUGCAGUUACUUUUUUUUCUUUUUGCCAUGGGUAAAGCAAAAAAAGAAAGAAAAACCAAACUCAUUGGAGAAAUGGUGAGUGUAAAAAAGAAGAGAUUUAUUUUGUACAGACAGCAAAGCAUCCUGUGUAAUGUUGCUGACAUAAAGCAUUUGGGGGGGUGGAAAUCUGUUUUCCAUAAAUCACACAGGCUUUUUGUACAUACUUAUAUACACUCACGUAGAGAAAUGAACUGCAUAUAUCAUACUGGAUAUGGGGCCCGGUUUUACUCUAGAGGCACAUCUGGUGCUUAUUGUCAUAAAUCUUUUAAAGAAUUAGGUACACUUUUUUCUAUUAAUAUGUAUAGUUUUGUGAUUUGUCACAGUUAUGUUUCAUAUAAUCAUAAGUUAUUUUGUCUUGUUUCAUGAAGUCCUUUUUUAUGUCAAAGUCAAAAUGAAGGGAUUGUGCACUUGGUACAGAAUAAAACUGGAACUACAGGAUACGCCCUCCUGCCUGCAAUCCUCCUUCAGCAUGUCGCUUUAAGACACAAUGGCAACAACCAUUGUUUGUUUGUUUGUUUGAUUAUUUUGUUUUGUUUUGCCAUCAGCCUCCUAUGUAUUCGGGAUGGUAAUUAUAAUGAGAAGCAGAUGGGGGAGGGGUCCAAGGCCAGCUUUAAAAUGCCUCAUUGCUUUGGGCCAGAGCUGCAGCCUGGAUUUAAUUAUAGAUAUGAGGACGAAAUGGCAGUAAAAAUGAAUGUCUCCCUGAAUCCUUUACAUGUUGGGAGUGUCCAUAAAUAAAACAUGAAGCUUUAUUUCAUCAGAUUUAA